AUGGGUCUGCGAAUAGAGCUGGCGCCUCGUUCCUUCGAUGAUUUGGAGCGAGCUGAGGCAAAGAGGUUGCAGCUAACGCUCACCCCAUCGUCUGGCAAAAAAGUACAGCUUGUGUUGCACCAAGACGCUUCGGUGGGCAUCGCAGGAGUCUUGUAUGACUGUGCAGCUCUUCUAGCACGACGGCUUUGUGAGGAACCGAGCCUUCUGGGGUCCAAGGUCGUGGAGCUGGGAUGUGGCACAGGUUGCGCAGGAUUAGCUGCGGCAGCCCUGGGAGCUAAGGUAGUCCUGACAGACCGGAGCGAGCGAGCCUUACAGGUUGUGCAGCGGUCUGCAAAGGAGAGCGGUCUGGACGUUGUUACGCGACGUUGGGAGUGGCAUGAGCCACCGCCAGCAGAGUGUCGCGAAGCUUCCACCGUGCUGGCAACCGAUGUGGUGUACAGACAACCUGCUGCAAGAUGA